UGCGGAGGCCGGAGCCGCGAACUUCCACCGCGUCCGGCCCCGCCUCACCCCUCACCCUCACCCGCACCCGGAACCUUGGGUGCGCGGAACCUCGGUGCUGCAGCGCCGGCGCGGAGGACUCGGAGGGGGAUGGAGCGGGCGCGCGGGCCGGGGGCCGAGGCCAACGCGCCUGAGGAGGAGGAGGAAGCGGUGGAGGUGGGGGCGGCCAUGGCUGCUGUGGCGGGUGUCGCGGGACCCGCGGUCCUGCAGGUAGCCGGCCUCUACCGGGGCCUGUGCGCGGUGCGUAGUCGCGCCCUAGGCCUGGGGCUCGUGUCGCCUGCUCAGCUGCGUGUGUUCCCGGUGCGCCGCGCCUCGGGCGAGCCCGAGUGGGGCGCCGACCGCAGUGGGGUUGGGGCAGAAGCCGAACUCCAGGCCAACCCCUUCUACGACCGCUACCGUGACAAGAUCCAGCAGCUGCGCAGGUCUGACCCAGCUGCUUUUGAGUCUCGCCUGGAGAAGCGCAGUGAGUUUCGAAAACAACCAGUGGGGCGCUCGAGGCAAGGUGAUUUCAUCAAAUGUAUGGAGCAGAAGACAGAUGCCAUGGGGAAACAGCCUAUCAGCAGGGGAUUCACUAAGGCCAAGACUCUCAGUUCAGUCUUUAACAUUGAGAUGGUAAAAGAGAAAACUGCAGAGGACAUAAAACAGAUUUGGCAGCAGUAUUUUGCAGCAAAAGAUACAGUCUACGCAGUUAUUCCAGAAGAAAAGUUUGAUUUGAUCUGGAACCGGGCUCAGUCCUGUCCAACAUUUCUGUGUGCGCUGCCAAGAAGAGAAGGUUAUGAGUUCUUCGUAGGACAAUGGACAGGUACUGAACUCCACUUCACUGCACUUAUAAAUGUUCAGACCCGAGGGGAAGCUGCAGCCAGCCAACUGGUUUUAUAUCACUACCCUGAACUUAAGGAAGAAAAGGGCAUAGUGCUAAUGACAGCAGAAAUGGAUUCCACAUUUCUGAAUGUUGCAGAAGCACAGUGCAUCGCCAACCAAGUUCAGCUGUUCUAUGCCACCGAUCAGAAAGAGACCUAUGGGUUAGUGGAGACCUUUAACCUCAGACCAAAUGAGUUCAAAUACAUGUCUGUCAUCACUGCAUUGGAGCAAAGUGGACUUGGAGUAGAACUGAAAUAUGCCCAGAACCAAGAUAAGACUUAGAGCUAAAAGGGUUGGCUCUUCACCAAGUCACUCAGCCCUGGAUAAUCUAGAGCCCACCCACCCAUCAAGAACUCAAAGAGUUCAGCUUCUAUUAAUGAGCCAUCUGUACUGAGCUGCCCUGUGUGCUUAUUGGAAGAAGUGAUUCUGGCGAUGAGCUCUAUUACUUAAUAUUCAGGAAUGAAGAUACCCAAAUAUUCUGGUAACUAUCUCAGCAUACUUGAUGUUUCCUUUUAAGUGUUUGAGGUUAUAACAAGAGACAGCCAACGAUCUACAGGACAGUUGACUUUGUAUACUGUAACAGUGCAGUUGCAUUCUGGCCAUUUUGACAUCAUAGCGUACGAACGAUUGAUUUGUCAUCUUUGUAAACUUGUGAUGAGAUAUCAUAAGCUUGAAGACUUGCUAUUGCUAGAUGUGGGCUUUAUAUACUCUUCCCAUGCUCCAGUCAACUGCCCAAAGGCAUAACCAAGAUAUCCUAUUUAGACUCUAGAACAACCAGAUAUUCUCAUCAGGAUAAAGUCUUCAAGUAGAGGCCUUUAGUUAGGUGGUUUAGAGUAUCAGCAAAUUUCAAGUAUAGUUAGAUAAACAUGUACAAUGCCUGCAUUAUUAAACCAUAGUUUGUGGCACCUGGUUCUCUAACUGCUGGUUAGAAAUUGUGUUUGAUGAGGUGAAUCAGUGCAGGGUAAAUAAAUCAAAAUACUUUUAUAAAGAGAAGAUCGAUGUAGAUUUGCAUGAUUUUUUAAAAACAACUCUAAGCAUUAUAUGAAAAAGUAGAAAGAAACAAAUGUUCCUGGAUGGAAAAAUGUAGCAAUAAAAAAUUAUAGUCUGGCUUACAAUCUUCGUUACACAAAAGAAUGAAAUUUAAGCUAUAUGCUAUCCAUAGUGUCAGCUGUAUGAGCUGAUUUUAUCAAAAGUCAUCUUGGGACUCAGCAGUUGUUAGGAACACCAGAAAUAACGUUAUUCUUCAGCACUAGAAACCCAUCUUUUGUUUGUAGCGUUGCUGUUGUGGCUCACUGAUAGAAGAGGAUGGUGGUUACACACCAGCCUUCUGAAUCCAGGGCCCUGAGUGCCCCUCAAGGUUGUUGUCAGCUGCCUUUUCUAUGCCUUUGCUUUAUUGAUCUAACGUGUUCCGCUUUGCCUACUGCUCCUACCUAAGAUCUGGUUGGAUGAUGCUGAAUAUGGUCAAUUUAAAGUAUUUACAGUUUGUGUGUGUGGCUGGGGUCUAUCUCCCAGCUCUUUAAAUAGCAUCGAACUUCCCAUUGUUUUCUGAGUUGUGUCUGUUUUGUUCCACUGACGUGUCUGUGUGGCGAGAGAGAGAAAUAGUGUUUGUUUAACCUGAAGAAGCUGCUACCCUUUCACAAUUUCUCUAGUGAUUGGGCUCUUUCCUAAUGCAAAUUCUAGACCUGUCUCUGGUCCUGGCAGUUCUAUUUUGAGAAACUUGAGUCUUUGCAGCCCUGCCAUUUUCCUUAAAUGCCCUCUGACCUGGGCAUUUUGAGUCCCAGGAAUCUUUGACAUCAGGUAGGGUUGCUUUCAUGGUUAUCCAGUUAUAUUUGCUUUUGCCUCCAGUGGACCCAGUUCUUAGCCACAGUACCUUUUUAUAACACCUCCACCAGAGGAUAAGAAAGUGAUGGAAAAACAAAUAAGAAAUGGCUGGUCAUUUCAUCAUUCUUCCUGGCUUUGCCUUCAGUCCCCUUUUGCCAAGAAGUAUAUAUCCAUGGAUAAUUACAUUGGACAUGACCAAAGUACCAUCUGACUGCUCUUUUUAUUUAUUUACUGAGACAGCUCUGGUGAAUGACUAAAAGAAAAUCGUAACUAUUUUUUUCUUUUUUUUUUUUUCAGUAAAUUUGUCCCUUGGUGCUAGCAUGAUGUUAUAGAAAGUGUACAGACUUUAGAGGUAAAUGAUUCUGGGUUCAUAUGUCAGCAUUGCCAGCAUUACUAUUCACUAGCUCUAUAAUGUUAAACAAAUUACUUAAAAUCUCUGAUUCUGGCUCUGUGCCUGUGGCUCAAGCGGCUAAGGCUCCAGCCACAUACACCUGAGCUGGUGGGCACCUGUAGUCCCAGCUACUUAGGAGGCAGAAGCAGGAGAAUCGUUUGAGCCCAGGAAUUGGAGAUUGUUGUGAGCUGUGAUGCCACAGCACUCUACCGAGGGCGACAGCUUGAGGCUCUAUCUCAAAAAAAAAAAAAUCUCUGAUUCUGUUUUUUUAAUCUGUAAAAUGAGGAUAAUAUCUACCUCAUAGAAUUAUUGUGGGAAUUAAAUUAACCUACAUGGAGACUACCAUAGAACUUAAUUGAUGUCAAUUCCCUUCCUUUUCUCUAUUUUUCCUGCCCCUCAUUAAAGACCAACACAGAUUAACAUUUCAGAUUUGCAGAUCAUUCUUCAUUCCAAUUAGAAAAACAAAGCUUAUUUUACUAGUUCUGCAACUUUAAGAUGCAAUAGAAUCACCUAGAGCACCUUAAAAUGCAGAUUCCUCAGCCUGAAAACCCCCUCAAAACCUGCUGAAUCAGAGUAUGUGCAGAAGGUGGUGGGAAUCUAUACUUUAAUGUGUGCUCUACGUGAUUCUGAUACUGGGAAUCAGCCACCACACUUUGGGAACCGUUGCCUUAUUUAUUCUUCACAAAAAUGUACGUUAGCCAGGUCUUUUCUUUCCUGUGGACACUAGCCAUAGUAAAUAGUUUCCUCUGCUCUUUGUCUCCCAUAGUGGUUCCCUUUGCAUAUUCUAAUUACAUUAAAUUUAUUUAUCCUUGUGUCUUUUUCUCCCUACUAAACUGUGGGCUCCUUGAGGGCCAGGAUUUAUCUCUAUUCCCAGUGCCAAAGACAUGGCCUGGACCAUAUGAAAUAGUUGUUUGUUGCGUAAAUAAAUGACAUGGACGUUCGCCAAAACAUUAUCUUGUGUGUAUACCUACCUUUAAAGACUGGAUUUAAGAGAAUCUCUUAACACACAUAGAUUGAGAAUUUGCUGAGUAGGAAUAUUUGCACACCAGGAUACCAAGCUAUGCACGAAGUCUUUGUGUUUUGCCUAGUCCACUACAUUAUCUUAAUGCACUUUUACACUGUGCACAGAGCACCUGUUCUGCAGCCACUGUGUUAAGUGCUGGGCACGGGAAGAUGAGCAGAGUCCGAUCCCUGAUCACUGCUCUCAAGCUCUGUUUCAGUCACCGCCUGGUCUCCCUGUUCCUCUGAUUAUGUGCCUCACACCUGUGUAUGUUCAUACUUUACCUUGUCUCAUUCUCAGGACGUUCAUACCAGUACUUCUUUCUUCUCCAACUAAUUCAAAAGCUGGAACCAUAUGUUCUGUUUUUCGCAUUCUCUACAAUAUUAACCUUCUAUUCGGUCUAUUAGAGAAGAGGUACUAAUGCUCACUCCACCAGUCAUUUGACUUAGCAUUGAUUCAACAUUCAUCCAUAUUUAUUAAGCACCUAUGAUAUGCCAAGCACUGUUAAAGAAAACUGGGGAAUAAUAUAGUAACAAAUAUGUCAAAUAUGGCCCUUGUUCUCAUGUAGGUUAUGUUCUUAUGGAGAAGACAAACAAGUAAACCAGUAAGAUUAUUUCAAAUACUGGUAAUGCUACAAAAAUAAAAUUAAAAAUAAUGUGGUAGACUGGAGUACAGUCAAUAACUUAAUGGUCAGGAGAGCCAUCUCUGCAGAGGUGACAGGUGAUACGUGAGAACAGCACGUUUCUGGGCACAGAUUUAAAGGUUUCAUCCCUGCCCCUUAGGAGGCCAUGCGUCAGCAGGUAAGACACUGACAUGAAUAAUUACAAGGCAAACUGACCAGUACAUCUCAGAAGAGGGGAAAGGAGAGUUAAGAAACCCUGCUGGGUACUGCAGAAGAUGCAAAGCUUGCCAGACAAUAGUACCUGCCUAAGAAGUGUAUGGCUUAGCAGGAAGUAACAAAUACAGUAUUAAAAUCUCCAAGGAUAUGUGUUUUGUGCAGCAGACAACAGUUCAGAGCUGACCUCACAAACUACAGUCACCUACAACCUAGCAAUGUUUUGAUCAACAAUGGCCUGCAUAUACUACAGUGGCCCCAUAAGAUUAUAAUGGAGCUGAAAAUUUCCUGUUGCCUAGUGACAUUGUAGCUUUAGUAAUGUCAUAGCACAAAGUAUGUUUGUGGUGAUGCUAUAUAAAUAAACUUAAUAGCAUUGCAAGUCUUAUAAAAGUAUAACACAUAGUGGGGCUUGGUGGCUCACACCUGUAAUCUCAGCACUCUGGGAGGCCAUGGUGGGAGGAUGACUUGAUGUCAGAAGGUCAAGGCCAGACUGAGCAAUAGCAAGACCCUGAAAAAAAAAGAAAGGCCAGGCAUGGUGGCUCACGCCUAUAAUCCUAGCAGUCUGGAAGGCUGAGGCAGGUGGAUUGCCUGAGCUCAGGAAUUUGAAACCAACCUGAGCAAGAAAGAGCAAGACCUCAUCUCUAAAAUAAUUGCCGGGAACCUGUAGUGCCAGCUACUGGGGAGGCUGAAGCAAGAGAAUCACUUGAGCCCAAGAGUUUGAGGUUUCUGUGAGCUAUGACGCUCUGGCAUUCAACCCGAGGGCAACUGACUGAGACUGUCUCAAAAAAAAAAAAAAAAAAAAAAAAAGCAUAGCACAUAAAACUAUGUACGGUACAUACCAUAAUACUUAAUAAAUGACUGUUAAUCAUU